AUGCUCGUGACUAAAAUUCUGUCUGUUGCUGUUGCCAUUAUAGCCACUCUCACCAUAAAUGCUGACGCAAAGUUAUUCCGUACAAAUGCUGAACUUAAUAUCCGCGAGCAACCAUCUACAAAUGCCAAAAUUAUCCGUGUUGCUCCUAAAGGUUCUAAUGUCAAUGUUAUCUGUCAAACUACUGGUGACACUGUUAAUGGCAAAAACACUUGGGACAAAUUAGCAGAUGGCUCCUAUUGUUUUGAUGGUUACGUAAAUGCUAAUAAUGGUAAAAUUAAUGAUGAUGGUUUAAAUAUUAUAAAAGAAUUUGAGGGAUUUAAACCUAAUUUUUAUAAUGAUCCAGCUGGUAUAAGGUCUAUAGGCUAUGGUCAUAAUUGCAAAGCCGAUCCAAAUAAAUGUAAUAAUAUUCACCCUCCAAUCACUACUGCUCAAGGAGAAGAUUUACUUAGGAGUGAUGUGGCUCCUAAAGAGGAUUGCGUUAAAAAACUUACCCCUGCUAAUAUCGAUUCAAACAAAUUCUCUGCUUUAGUUUCUUUUGCUUAUAACCUUGGAUGUCCUUACCUUGGAAGUUCUUCUUUACUUAAGAAACUUAAUGCUGGUGAUAUAAAAGGUGCUGCUAAUGAAUUUGCUUUAUACAACAAAGGUGGUGGCAGAGUGCUUCCUGGUCUAGUAAGACGUCGUAAAGCCGAGAGAGAUUUAUUUUGCAAAAGUGGUGGAUGUUAA